CGAACAACAAACCCGGGGCCCAGCACACAGCAGCAGCCCACAGGCCGGAGUUCCUCCCCCGGGAAGGUGUGUUCUGCCAUGGAAGUGUGGGAUUUACCUGGGUGUGCCGGCAGACGCAGCCCGUUGCGACAGGCGCUGCUUGCGAUAUCCAGGCUGAUGUCAUUCCGUUUGUUUUAAGUUUCUACAAGACGACCGAAAACCCCAAAAGAGGAAAACACGAGCAUGGAACCGCUGCUGACCAACUGAAAAAUGCAUCCAGGAGACCCUUCCGUUCCACCACCACCUCCACCACCUCCACCUCCACUUCUUCCACCACCACCACCUCCUCCACCUCCUCUUCCACCUCCACCCCCUCCUCCACCUCCGUUGCCCGGACUUGCUUCAGCCCACAAUGGAGCGGGCCUCUUCGGCAAAGGAGCCCGCCGGCGAUCCCGGAUGCGUAACUUCAACUGGGAGACCCUCCCCAAACACAGCGUGAUAGGAAAGCACAACAUCUGGACGGCAGAUAAACCUGAUGGGGAAUACGAGCUGGACACAGAUCACAUGGAGGAAUUAUUCAGCCACAGCCAGGGACAGAAGAACCCCAAAGCCACCAACCGCUCCAGCGUGAGGGGCCUCCCGACUUCUGCCUCCGGAGCAGAAAUGGUUUCUAUCCUCAGCUCCAAGAGGAGCAUGAACAUUGGAAUUUUCCUGAAGCAAUUCAAGCGGCCUGUGAAAAACAUGAUUGAGGACAUCACAUCGGGAUGUGGUCUCAGUUUUGGAUCUGGAAAAAUCAGAGAGUUGUGCCGGUUGCUGCCGGAUGAAGGGGAGGUGAAGCAGCUGCUGAGGUUUAAAGGCGACCCAUCCACCCUCCCUGAGGCAGAUCUUUUUAUGCUAAUGCUGGUCAAGAUUCAAAGGUACGAAGAACGUCUGAGCUACAUGGUGCUGAAAGAGGAAUUUUUCCCCCUCAUGGACGAAAUGAGAGAAUUCAUUAGGACUCUAACAGCUGCUGGAAUGGAGUUGUUAGAGUGUGAUAAUCUUCAUUCUAUCAUUCGACUGGUACUGAAAACGGGAAAUUACAUGAAUGCUGGUGGUUAUGCAGGCAGUGCUAUUGGCUUCCGAAUGGCAUCCCUGCUGAAGCUGGUGGAUACCAAAGCAAACAAACCCGGAAUGAAUCUUAUGCAUUAUGUUGUGAUGCAAGCUCAGAAGGCAGAUGUGACGCUGCUUAAAUUUCCAGAGCAACUCAAACACAUUGAAGCCGCAGCAAGAAUCAAUAAAGGUGACAUUGAAGCAGAGUUUGAAAGACAGGUGAAGAAAGUACAAGAUGCCAAAGCUGAUAUCCUGAAACAGGAAGACCUAAAGGCACAGAUGGAGGAGUUUUUAAUGGAAGCUGACGCUUGUUUGGAAGAAGUGAUGUCUGACCUGGAAGAACUGCAGUCAGUCAGUGACUCUGUGGCUGAAUACUUCUGCGAGGACUCAACGAAAUUCCGACUGGAGGAGUGCUGCUCCAUUUUCAGCUCUUUCUGUGAGAGGUUCCUGCGAGCCGUGCAGGAAAACAAGGCCAGAGAGAUCAAAGAGAUUAAACAAAGACACAUAGACAGGCUGCAGAUCACAGCCAAGCGCAGGUCAACAGCGACCUGCUCUAGUCGGGACAAGGAAAUGGAGGGUGUUGCGUUAGAGUCCGUGCUGCAGAACUACCUCACCAACGGCCUCUCCAGGAGAAAGUCCGGGAGGCCCUCAUCAACUCGUGGCAGUCCGACUAACGGGAGCCUAUCAGAAAUCAGCUCUCCAGCAAACAUCCCCACUGAAAACACUGAAAACCAGUUCAAAGCCAAGGAGAUGUGCAGGAAAGAAUGGACUUCAGCAACUGAACUGGCAGAGAACUUCACUCAACCAAAAGCUCAGGCACAAGCAGGGGCUGGUGCAGAACAUGGUACGGCUCUAAAGGAAGAGGUAAAACCUUCUGGAAAAGUGGGAUCUGGAGGUUUACUGCACCUACCCAAAAGAAGCACAAAGGUUACCUCCGCUGACAGAUCUUCGUCUGCCACCACUGAUGAUGAUGAGGGAGAUCUGCAGGACAAUAACUUCGAGGAGGCUCAAAGGUUGCGUGAAGCAUCGAGAAAAGUUUUGAAAUUCCAGAACAGUCGUGGAAGUGUCUCAUCUAGCGACUUUUCUUUGGAGAAUCAGAAAACUCCGACUCCAAGGGCCACCUUGCGUCGGCAGUUCACCUUUGACGAGGAAACCCAAAGGUACCCGGGGGAUCCCACCAAUGAGGAUUUGGUCCAGUUUCUGCUCAGUUCUCAGGGCUCGUCGAUACAGAACAUCGCUCGCCGACAUACUCUGCCUACCAAAGUUCCUAAAAGUGAAGAAGAAAAGGAUUAUCAACCAGCAGUCAACAGUCCAAAUCACAUGACACGUGACAAAAGAACGCAGGCGAGUGAGGGUGCUGGACACAAGUCCUCCAAACCAGCAUUUGAUUUUACUGAUAACCCUCAGAACUUUAGCAAAUCAGAUGGUCAAGACCUGAAUACACCAUCAGCAGAAAAGAAGAGUAAACCGAAUGAUUCUUCAGGUCAUGUGUCAGGGGGAAUGUCUUUGGAGGACAACCAAGGGGACAAAUCAAUGGAACGCACAGUCAUCCAGCCUCAGAGGAAUACGGAGAACGUUCCCCCCAGGAGCGUGUGGUUCAAGACUGACACCUCGGGAUUUUUUUCCAAUUUUUUUAAACGUCUUGGAGAUAUAAGUAAAGCACAGAACAAUAAGGAAAAUGUUCAUAAGGGUACAGAAUCUAGUGUGUAGUGUUGAAUUUUUUUUUAAAAAGAAUAAAAAAAGAGUUUACGAUUAUGUAUUGAUGCAAAGCUCCUGAUACUUAAUUAUUGCAUUAAAGUAGCAAAUAAUUUAUGACAAUAUAGCAUUCACAUGUUGUGCAAUUUAGUGAAUUUAUUAGUGAUCCUAAUUUUGAAGAAAUUAGGAAAAUGAUUGAGAGAAAGUCCUGAGAAAUUUGUUCCAGAGGGUCACCCGUAUGUUGUACCACUAGAUGGCGAGAUUUUACUGUAAGUUGAAAAUGAUGGUUAUGAAUUGUCAGGCAAUAUGUAUGUUGCUGACAAUGAAAGGGAAGAAGGGCAGGCUCACUGUAAGUAAUUUAGUCGCUAUUUGAUGUUCACCAUCUAUUGAUCAGGCGUCCUCAUAAGCAGGACAAAUGACUGAAGGUUGAUAUUGUGAGUUCUGUGUCAGGAUUAAAAAGCACAAGAUAGCAGAAUGUUCAUUGAAAGUAGUUGAGGGAAUUGAGGUUGAGCAGGAGAAAGGUUUCAACAUUGAAAAGUCGAACUGUGUUUGAAUGUUAUUCUGUUUGUGAUAUGAGACACUAGUAUUUGCUUGUACUGUACGUUUCUCUGCAGUAUUACUGGUUUUCUUUUAUGUAAUAAUGAAUAUAUUUUCCCUCUGAUUCUGCCUGCUUCUCAUCUUUAGUUGCCCCGAACCCAUCAUAUAUGCAGAAGCUUGAGGUUGCUUUCAUACCCUGAAUUCAGCCAUUGUUUUCACGUAAAAAUGGGUCAGUGUGACAAAGGCCGCCUGUAUCUGAGCAGGGCUGAACCAUGAAAAGUGCCACUGAAAAACUGACUGGAGAGGGCACUUUGAACAGAGAUGUCAGGACCCUCGUUGUUUAGAGGCCAACAUGUGUCGUCUGGUUAUGAUGGAAAGUGUAACCUGGAACCUGUGCCAGAAUAGUACAGCUUGUUGAGCUAUUGACCUCCAUUUGCAUUGCAUUACAAUGUUUGGAUUAUAAAUGCUGUUCAAAUUCAGUACAACUAUGAAGACAUGACAAUGGUGGAGUUUGGGGUUAGUAAUUGGUUGCUGAAUAAUUUGAAAGAUCUCAGAAAUGUUCCCUGCAAUAAUGUUAAUAAAUUGUUGACAAUAAAAAA